UGACUCUAUUGCUUACACCACCAACUCUCUCCAGAGGCGCAGGAAAGGGCUGGUCCUAACAGGACUGCGCACAGGUGGCUCUGGAUCCAUCCACUCAAAGAACAAGUCGAGCCUCAUGAUUGGCCCGCCACAGAACUUCCGACAGAUCUCAUCCAUUAUUGAUGUUGACAUUUUACCUGAGUCACAUAGGCGGGUCCGACUCCACAAGUACGGCUCCAACAAACCUCUGGGCUUCUACAUACGGGACGGUGUGAGCAUACGGGUGACGCCACAGGGUGUGGAGAAGGUUCCAGGAGUCUUCAUAUCUCGUUUGGUUAAGAGUGGGCUCGCAGAGAGCACAGGAUUAUUAGCCGUUAAUGAUGAAAUCCUCGAAGUUAAUGGCAUCGAUGUAGCAGGAAAAUCUUUGGAUCAGGUCACAGAUAUGAUGGUGGCCAACAGUCACAACCUGAUUGUGACUGUGAAACCAGCUAACCAGAGGAACAAUGUUGUACCUCGUGGAAGUAAAAACUCAAUGGGUCACUCUGGUUCUGUGGGCUCUGGUGGGUCCAUAGGCUCGGCUCUAUCACAUGACUCCCAAAGUCCUGCCUCCCACAGCAACCCUAUCACUGCAAGCAGCAUCGCCGAGGGAGACAGUUACGAGGAAGAUGAUGACGGUGAUGUCAUUCUGGAGAACGACUGCCUGCCGACCUAUAGAUCCCAUCCAGGUACUAACAGCAACAGCAGCACUCUUAACAGGGACUCACCUCACCAAGGGCAACACAGCUCCAUCCCACAGAGUGUGUCAAUGCCAAACAGCCUCGCCGCAGCCCUGAGUCACAGCUCCACCAUGAUGUCCCAUCACAACGGGGGCUCUGCCCACUCUGUCGGCAGCAGCCAGGAGAGCAUGAAAGAAGAUGGCAACGUAAUAACACUGUGACAUGGAACCACAGCAACAACUUCUGACUGUGGAAAAUUAAUGACUUGAUGUUGUAAACUUGAAAGCUGAUAUGAGGUUCAGUUCCACCUUUACUUUCAAAUGUUCUCCCUUUAGAACACAGACAUUGUUGUGAACAGUGUCAUUGGACCUCUAUCUGCCAUGGUGGACUUGAUCACUUUCCAGAGAACAAGUAUCAAACUGACAGGCUACAUGGAGCUGGAGCUCUCUGUGAAACUUUACUAUCAGGUUCUGUAAGCAAAGAGUAAUUAUGUAUUCUUUUAUUAUAGUGAAGUAACUCUAUGGAAAUUAUUUUAAUGAUAUUUUGAACCGCUGAGUAUGAACUAAGAUCAGAAAAACGUUAAUCAAUAAACCAGUAUAGCAACCUCUAUGUGACGUUAAAGGAAGUCAGCAAACUUUUUAAGACUUGUUGUUCUCAUCAUUUUUAUGUUAACUUCCGAUCAAAUAAAUGUUAUAUUCAUAGGCUGUGAAACUCAGUGAUUUAAAUUAUAUGUCUUAUCAUUUUAUGUUAUUGUUUCAUUUGUGAUGCUUAUAUGUUAUGAGAUCUACAGCACACAUGAAAAAAGUUCUGCUGUAUUAAUGUUUGACCAACAAUCAUUCCCAAUAUCCAAUUACAUAUAUUAUUGACCCAA